AAGCCAGACACUGGGCUCUCUGUGUAAUUUCUCUCUCCCCUUCAGAGUUUCUGGACUGAGAGGAAAGCUGUAAUGCCAGGUGCCUCCCCCAGCUCCAUUUCUAACUGUAAAAACACACAGAAGUGCUCAGUGCUGCCAAGCAGCCACGGAAAUUCUCACAGCUCUGGUUAUUUCAGAUGCAGCUAUGUUAGGGGGUACCUGGUUUUGAACAAGCUCUGCAGACUGCAGUUGCAAUGGCUCAGCUUCUUCUCCCUAGAAGCCCCUCUCCUGGUCCCAUAUGGUGAGGCUGUGACCAUCGUUUGACUUUACUUCAUGAAAGGAAAACUGGCAUUGAAAGCCCAAGAAUUGCUUGCCCCCAAGUUUUGGAGGGGGGGGCCGAAGACUCGUCACCCACCUGCGGGUGCAUGAAGGGUGCUGGCUUUCCAUCUCUGUUCCCUUGGUCUUGUGAAGGGUUGGAAGAGAGUUUUGCCACCCAUCACCCGGAACAAGAGGAUGGUUUGGAAAUGGCUGGGCGCCGUGCUGCUGCUCCCCGUGCAGAUGCUUUACCUGGUGCUGAAAGCCGCCGUUUGUGCUCUGCUGCCUCCCAAACUACGGGACCUGUCUGGGGACACCGUGCUGGUGACAGGUGGGGGACGUGGCAUCGGCCGCCAACUGGCCCGGGAAUUUGCCAGGAGAGGAGCCAGGAAGAUCAUCCUGUGGGGUCGAACUGAGAAAUGCCUGAAGGAGACCACAGAGGAAAUCAGGAUGAUGGGGACAGAAUGCCAUUAUUUCAUCUGUGAUGUUGGAAACAGAGAGGAAGUCUAUCGGCAAGCCAAAGCUGUGCGGGAGAAGGUGGGUGACAUCACUAUCCUAGUGAACAAUGCUGCUGUGGUCCAUGGUAAAAGUCUGAUGGACAGCGACGAUGAUGCACUGCUCAAAUCACAGCAUAUAAACACCCUGGGACAGUUCUGGACCACCAAAGCGUUCUUGCCAAGGAUGCUGGAGUUGCAGAAUGGACACAUAGUUUGCUUGAACUCUGUCCUGGCCUUGUCAGCCAUUCCUGGUGCCAUUGACUACUGCACCUCCAAAGCUUCUUCUUUUGCCUUUAUGGAGAGCCUGACCUUGGGGCUGCUAGACUGUCCUGGAGUGAAUGCCACAACAGUGCUGCCCUUCCACACGAGCACAGAGAUGUUCCAGGGCAUGAGAAUCAGGUUCCCUAAUCUUUUUCCUCCUCUCAAGCCAGAGACUGUGGCUAGGAGGACAGUGGAAGCUGUGCAGAUGAAUCAAGCCUUCCUGCUCCUUCCAUGGACAAUGAAUGUUCUGGUCAUCCUGAAAAGCAUUCUCCCUCAGGCAGCACUUGAAGAAAUCCACAAGUUUUCUGGGAGCUACACCUGCAUGAACACUUUUAAAGGACGAACAUAGACUUGGUGGUGGAAGGACUGUUCUUCAGUGAAACCAGCACAAGCAUGAAAAUCCUGACAGGGCUGUGAAUCAGCAGUCUUGGCUUGUAGCCUGUUCAUGUGACUCGCGCUGCUUUGAGGCAACACAUUUCUUGCAGGUCAUAUCCAUAGUAACAUGACCUUUGCACAGGAUUUAAUGACCAGACUAUGGACCCUUGGCAAGAAAAAACAAAAAGUGUGAAAUGUUUAUGUGAUGUUAAAUUCUUUAGGGUUCAAUUGUUAAAUCUGCUCAUAGUUUUAAGAUGUAAUUCUUGUUUCUAAAGGGCUGUCUCAGCUGAGAGGCAGCAUGUUGCACCCCAGGCUUCAUCCGCUGUCUCUAGAAGAACUGCAAUUGCAAACUGACACUGAUUACAUUUCAGCUUUUUGAAGGGGAAACUUUAAAAAUGAAGAGCUACAAGUCGUGGACAUUGAAUGGAAGCUUCCUUCCCUUCCUUCGCUUUAUAUUUGUUGAUAAAGCUGUUCCCAAGUCAUGUCAGGGAAGGAGCAAACUGCUGUUUUCUUUGUGAAAGGCUCCCCAGGCCUUUUCUCUGGGAGGAUUGCUCUGCGCCCAGGAAAGCUGUCUUACUGCACCCAUGAAGGCUGGACAGCAAUGCUCAGUCAGAAGAGCAUACAGUUUGAAUCGUGGAAGAUUCCUUCUGUCAUUGAGCUCAUAUAUGGAAUGUAAUUGUCUUUCUGAAUAUUUUUGUUCAUUUAUGAUGAAAUAUAUAUAUUUUUAGCAUUAAUUCCAGAUUGCCACGCAUGUAAGACAGCAUCACGUUGGGGGUAAGCUAAAUCUAGAGCCUGCUUGUACAAAAACACAUUCAGUGACAUAAUCCAUACAGAGUAAAAUCCGUUGUAUCAAUCUGCACAAUGAAAUAAGUGGAAUAAUUCUCUGAAAAUGGAAGAGACAGUGCUGUAGUGCUCAUGAAAUGUGGAGUUUGGAAGCACAGUUAGCAAAGGCCCGAUUAAAUGCAUGUUGAAUUCAACUGGGAAUAUACCCAUUGUUUGUUAGAGACAUUGAAUCAGGCACUGAUCAGCCAAAAGUGAUAAAUACUGCUUGCACUGAAAUGCCAGAAGCAGCUAGAUGUUAUUUAUUUUUAUAAUGAUAGACAUUUUGACAGCCUAGCAAGAGCAACACUGCAUUCUAGUGCCAGAUGCAGUCUGCAUCUAAGCCUAGGCAUAAUAAUGUAGUUGAAACAUUGAAACACUGCUACUAAAAGAGAAAUUAAUAUCAUUGCAAUUCAGGAAAGUCACAAACCAGCCCAGAGAACACCUGAAUGAAGUGCCUCAAGGAAAGCUACAUGGUUGAAGUAAAGGGGUGAGGUCAGGGCUCCAGGCUUGAGUUUUGACCUUAUUUCAUAGAUGCUCUUGGGCCAAGCUGCAUAAUCCCAAAGUACACCCUGACCUGCAAAACAGAUAGUUCUAGCAUUUCCCUGCCUCAGAAGUUGUGAAUGUUACUGUUCUAUUGUCUGUCAAAUGCUCAGCAGAUUCAAAUGGAAAAUGCUGUAGAAAGGGAUAGUGGUAUUUGCCUAUAAGCCAAAAGGGUGGAAGGGAAUAAUAAUAAUAAUAAUAAUAAAAAAGCUGAAAUCUAUAACUUUGUACAGAGAUAUGACUUACAGCAGGAAAGCUGAGAGCUGCUUUUGCAGGGCAGAUCCAAAGGAAGAUCUCAGAAUGGAGACAAACUACUUAGGAGGAACGAUGGUAUGAAUGUUGUCCUUACUGCAGAUCACUAGGUGUGUCUUUGCUGAGCAGCUGAAGAGGUGCAGUAUCAUUGAUAUCCCUUUGCCUGCAUGGAUGCUUCGAGGUGUUCUCCUGUCCUGGUCAGUGCUUUCCUUCCGAGUGUCAAGCCCUGUGCCAGCCUUGACAAGGCAUCUUACAAUGGAGGGCUUUUUAAAUUCCUAAAUGUCUGAGGCUCUCUGGAGAGGAUGAAAAGGAACUUUGAUCUCAGUGACUGUGGUGCCCUCCCUAAUAGAUGCUUUCAGCGUUAUUUUGCUGUCCGGUUUUGAGAGGAAACCUAAUUCAUUGAAAACACAGCUGCAAUGGGGGAAGAGCUCUUCCAGGAUCUGCCAGGAGUAUUAGAGGUACACACUUAAGAAACACUGGAGAGGUAUAAUUCCUCCGCCUCUGCACUCUGAUCCUUUCUAUCUUCUCAUUAACCACAGUCAGACACGCCAGGCUCCAAGAUGCAGGAGCAAAAGGGAUUGGUGCAGCAAGGCGCCCUGCAGCGUCCCCCUUAAAUCAAACUUUUGUGUUGAGAUUCUACUCAUUAAUGACAUCCUAAUGCAAAAGAGAGGUGAAAACUCGUGUGCAUGCUGAAAGCAACUCUACCCAUGCCCACAGCGUGUCCCUUACGUGCAUCCACUCUUUUCCUGCCUUACAUCAAAGAUGUUCCCUAUCUUCAGAGGUUGUCUCGCAUCCUAAGUGCUGUUGAUUGCUUUCUAAUGAAUAUAAACCAGUCAGAAUGUAGCAGGGACUCUCAUAAUCUCUCUCUUCUCACACAGAGACGCACACUCACACUUCCCUCUCUCUUUCCCUUAGGGUCUCUGAGCGGACAGCAGGUCAAAUAGCAGUCACAGUGGGGGAGAGGUAUGCAGCAAACAGAAAAUAAUGAGGAAAACAUUGACUUUGCUUUUCAGAUAGUAAGGAGGAGUUGGGUAAUAGAGUUUCUUCACUUCUGAGUAUUGCGAGAUACAACGCUCUACAUACAGUGAGUUUCUUGCAAGUUUGGAUGGAUGCAUACAAAGAUGUUUUUUAAAAAAGAAAAGCUCCUCUGGAAUGCCCGUUGAGGUCUGCUGUCCCUUUGUACAUAAGGUUGGUAUUGGGUAAUCUUGAAGUGCUGCAAAUGUGGACAAGCUUUGUAGGAGCCUAAGGCCUUUCCAAAGGAAUUUCCGCCCUUUGACUUAUUUUAGUUUUGGUUUUCCCUCCUCUCUCCACUGCUUCCUGCUUUCCACUCCUCCAAACUUUUUUUUCUUUUUUCUGUAUUCCUGUGUCAUUACUGCACUUUUCAGUGCCACCAUCUUGAAGCCAGAUGUCACACAAAGGGUCUGGACUAAAUCUAAAUCAGGGUAUGUAUUUAUUAUCCUGCUGCAGGAAUUGAGGUGAAGCUGUAAGAGCAGGGCACAGAGGUUUCAUAGGAAAUUAGGUAAGCUCUUUGGGUUUUACUGGCUCCAAUCUCUGAAGAAGUAGACCUUUAGUAUAGUUUUUCUGUAGGAGAUUGCUGCUGUUUUAAUAUGGGAACGAUGAAGAAAUGUUAGCCACUGUGAGGCAUUCAUUGUCCUGACAUGAAAAGACCCUGUAUUUAAAUGAGCCCAUAUUUAAAUAUUUUCAGUUCCAGGUGAUUUCAGAGGCUGAUGUUUGCACCAAGGAAUUUUCAUAAUUAGCAAGUCAGAGCAGGGAGAGAGAGGGAAGGACUGGAAGGAGUCACUUGUAAGUAAAGCUGAUUUCUCCUCUUCAAUAUUUGAUUUCUGUGUUUUGUUUUUUGAUGGGGAAAAAAUAAUAAUCUCAUUCUUUUAUGUGCCCUUGAUGAACUCUAAAAACAUCCUUCCUCUCCUUGGCAUGUUUUUGGAAGGUGGAGAACAGGAGCAAGCCCUGAAAGUGGGAACUGAACUCUGCCUCCCCUCCACUGUUCCACUGAGGUUAAAAAGCAACAGAGUCCUUUCCAGCAGCGCUUCUAGAAUCACAGAAAGUGCCUGGGCAAGUGAUUCUACUGUUUGCAAAGAGAAACUUGUUGUACUUUUAUGUAAUGUGCUAAUUAGUGUGGGUGGAUAUCACCAGAUCUAGUCUUGCAAGCCUUUUAGACAACUCCCUGAACACUCCCACCUUCAGAUAUUAACAGAUAGCAUUACACUUGCCAGAUCUCAUAAAAACCCACUAACAGACUUAAUGCAGGCACCGUGUGAGUAAGUGGGUACAUUUAUUUCAAAGGGACCACAUCUGUUUGUAGCAGACAUGAAUUCAGCCUCGUGUUUUCCUCUAGCUGACAUUCAACUGCUGGGAAAAGAAAAUGAGGUGACCUUGGAUCAUCUAUUUUUCUUUUAUUCAUGUGGCUUUAAUCAACUAAAUCUGGGUGAUGGCCACUUUUUUUUGACAGCUCUUCUUCAUAAGUUUUUGGGAUAGAGCAAGUUCAUGUCAAAUGUUUCUUACACGAUUUCCACCAAACAACAUCCCUGAGAAAACCAGUGAUGUUUUAAGGGGGUUUAAUUCCCCUGGCCUGGAGACUAGAGAUGGAAGACAGAGAACACAGCUUCUCUGCUGUUCCAUAGGAUAUAAAGAGAUGUCCCUCCUCCUGUUCUCUUUUCUUGCUCCUGUAUCCCUCAAGCUGAAGCUUCAGCAGAAGCAUGUAGUGAUCUGAUCUGCAUGGACUGGAUACCAGUGAACAGAGCUGUGAGGAGUUGAUUUAUAGCUUCACACCUUCCCAAAGAGACCAGGCUUAUUAGUGCCUUAUGUUAAUGCAUGCUCCAUAGCUGAGUUUAAAGUAAGGAGAUUGUGUUAGCACUCUCUUCAGUAGCAAGAGUUCUCAGAGGCCUGCUUUUCUUCUGACAAGAAGUCUGAACAGAUACACAAAGAGACAUAUUGCACAUCUGCUCAUCUUUGCAUCAAGCCAUUAAAGUUGAAAAAAACCAAGACAUACAUAUGCUGAUUUUUCUGCAUAAAUCUACAAAUGAAAGUCCUUCCUUACAUGAAGGAAUGAAGUACUCUAAUUGCAGCUUGGAGGUGACCAAAGAACAAUUAUAUGGAAAAAAAACAAAACAGGGUAGAUAGAAUCUGAGGUGGAGUUUGGAGGCCCUAACCGGCCAGAGGCAAGACCUUCCUUUUAUUUCUGAACUUACAUAAUAACAGGGACAUUGUGAUUUCCAUCCACGUACAAAGUCUCUAAAAGAAGCGUGGUGUUACUUCUGUUUAUUCCUGUGGGUCACCGUGCCCUAAAAAGCAAUCCAUUCACUUUGUAUCUUGCUGGCUCAGAACAUUCCCAGUACCUCAGUUACUGUUUGCUGUCCCUCGUUUUAUUUUUUUGGAGGAAGGCAAAGCAACUCAUAUAUGUGAAAACAAAGGUCAUUUAGACUUAUUCACUUUUUUCUUGCUGGCUGCAAAGCUCAUCCAUCACGCCUAGGUAUUGUGAGGACAUGUGGUUCUCUGGGCUGUGUAGGAAUGGUGCUGACCCAGUAGUACAAGGUAGAUGUGCUUUCCUUUCUUUUUCUUUCCUUAAGCAAAAGCAUUUUGUUUUUUGAAAGAAUUGCCUCUGUAUUGUACAGACUUCUCUCAAGCAGACAUCCCUGAUUUGGCUCUAAACCUCUCAGAAGCCUGCAGGCUCUAUAUGAAGAUGACCCCAGCUUCCCCAAAUGAUUUCCUAUACAUGUCUUCAAGGCAUGAUUUCCUAUACAUGUCUCUUUGCCACGGAGAUUUGACCCUGACCAAUUUCUUCCCUCGAAUCACCAUCUGCAUACACUGAGUAUUGUGAACGAAUACAUGAAAUGAGAUUCUUUAUCUUCCCUUUUUAGUGUUAGUGGCAGCGUAGCUGCUAGUUGCUUUGAGCAUUGCUAUUGAGUUCCUCUUCAGUACAUUACAGUAUUAAAGUGGUGUAAAGAAAAUAAGUAAUUCAGUGCUGUCUUCUCCAGGAAAAUCAACUCACAGUUUCUUUAUGCAGAGAGGGGUCUUGAAAUAAACACAGAAGUGAUAUGGCUUCUGGAACAUCACAGCUAUAUGGAAAAUGCUGUCCUAUGGAAUUUGGGUUUAUAAUAAUAAGGGCUCAUCUCAGAAGAAUGUUAAUAGAAGAUGGAAAUGGCUGUAACAGAAAACAAGUGAUAUCAGAGCACACAAUUCCUCAUCCCUGCUGGGGAUGCCAAUGUCAUGCAGACAUGCUAUAGCCCACUCAGUUCAACAGACUUGCAUUGUCAUUAUACCCCCUGCAACUUUGCCCUUUACAAUAGCAGAGGUUACAAGCUCAUUGUCUCUGCUCUCUCAGUCGUUGAGUGCAGAGAAAUAAAUGCUUUUUUUUUUGCUUUUUUUUUUCUUUAAUGUCCAUAUAUCAGAGAAAAAAGCAAUUCUUGAGUUCAGUGUCAGCCUGAGAUGAGGAGACUUUCUCAGGUACAAGAAAAAGAAGUCACAGCAGCUCGUAGCUGAUUCCUUAUGGUGUCAGGCCACAUUUCCCUCUGUGAAAAACAUAGUGGGAAGAAUAGGACUGACUAAAACCAGCAAUAGGAUUAGACACAAUCACAAAUCAAUUUGUAAGCUAUUGCAUGGCUUUUUUCUCCCAACAAUAAAAUACCUUGUGGUGUCUUCUGGACUCCCAUCAAAGCUGUAAAGACAUGGAAUAUACUUGUAGAGCUGGACAAUAAUUUAUUGCUAGUCUCAGGGCUAUGCUAAAGAGAGUAGACAGAGAUUGGCACCAGCUAAUUUGGUAGCUGAAUAGUCUGUAGCUUUUUAGCUUUUUAUAUCCUAAUAUUCUUGAAAAUUCAGUAUUAGUGAUCUGACAUAUUUCUCAACUGUCUGCUAUUGCAUAAAAAAACCAUACACAAAAGCAAACAAACCCCUUCAACCCACAUCAAUUAUUCUCGUACUUUUGAAGCCUACAACACAGUUAGCUUCUCUGUUGUCCUGUUGCCAUAGCUGAGGCUUAACAAGCACAUUAAUCAAAUGAAAUACAGCCCUGAAUUUCUCCAGGAGGGAUCUGCUGCUGACACUGACAACUAUUUAUAUUAAAUAAAAAAACAGUGUUGAUGUCCUGCAGCAAGAGUUGCUACAUACGUUCAGAAAAAAACCAGAAGUUGUGUACAAACAGCUAUGGUUAAUUGUUCAAUAGCACACCUUCCUUGGUUCUGUCAUUACAGUGUCACAACAUUGAGCCUUCUGACCUCAUUUAAACCAAUUUUUAAAAAAAUCUUAAUUCUUUCAAACUCUUAACCCCAAUAUUUAGGAGUGCUGUCAUUUUCUGCUGCAUUUCCUGUGAGGCAAUCUUGCAACGCUCAGUACUUCUCUUUACAAACUUCUUCAUCUCUCCAGACAGAUUUGCCAAUGCCUCCUCAUCUUGCACAACACAGAAGUUGUAUUCUGCAUUUCUUCAGUGAUAUUGCAAAUGAACUUUCAGAGAAGAUGUUCUUUUGAAUGAGCCAUAGGAGCCAUGCUGAGUUUAUUUUAGUCGGGUUUAUAUUAGGUUUCAUUUUUGCUGAUCCCUUCAUUUUUCAUCAUCUCAUCUGUCUCUUCCAAUUUUCCCUGGUGGGGAGGGUUGUGUUUGGAGAGUUUCUGAGCCAGAAUGCUGUGCAUGCAGAUUGUUCAGCUCCUUGCCUUCCCUUCAGGCAGUCUCUCACCUGUGCAUGCCUGUGUCCACACCUCCUCAUACAUUAACAUUGCAAACUGCCCUAAAUAUCUUUGAGAUUAGCUUCCUUUUAAGCACGAGGCGUACCAAAAAGCAGAGAUUUGCUUUUUGCAAAUUAUGCUGCCUAACGAGUUGACGACUGCAUAUGCUUUUUUAAGGCCUUCGGGAUUUGAAUUUAAACUUAGAAGGACUGUUAGGAACAGGCCUGAAUACCAUAGUUAAAAAGGGAAUUGUAAACGUGAUGUAUCCUGAACUAGGCAAUACAGGUGUGAAAAGUCCAGAGUGCUAAAAUGGGUUUGGUGUCUUCAGUUCCUGGGACAAAGAACUGAAAUGUGGAUCUAGUGGCUUUUACAGACCAGUGCUGAGGAAAUAGAAAAUAAGAACAAAGCACACAAGCCCUUUUCUGAAAUGCUGGGAAUACAGUGCAAGAUCUGAACUACAGAUACCCAGUACUGCUGUUUUGAUUUCUUCUGAUAAUUUUUGAAUCAGAGAUAGGCUCUGAUGAUACCUAAACAUGUAGAAGUGCAGCAUGAAGUACGGAUCAUGGUGGAUCUGCAUUAAGGCUGAUGGGCAACUUAUAAUCCAGUGAUUUCAUUACAGCUAGCAGUACUGUUUGGCAAAUCUAGCUGUAAAAUAAGCCUGCUGUCUUUUAAUGGAUUAUUUUUAAACAGGCUUCUUUCAAAAUUUCAUUUAUCAUAUAGCUUAAAUAUAUGAUGGUUCUCAGCCAAUAAUUUGCUUGCAAGUUAUUCACCAUAACUACUACUUUGAGCGCUUGCCAUUCAUUAAUGUGCAGUUUUCCCGUGGAACUGGCUGUCCACAUCUCACGGUGGCUUUGCUUUCCCCUGCUUGGAUGCCUUCCAAUCCCACAGAAAGCUUUGUAGGGGCUCCAAAAUGUCUGAUGAUGACUGUGAGAUGGCUUCUGGCAACAAUAUCAAUGCAAAUGAAUAUUUGAAUGUGCUCAUGACAUAUUCCAAUCUUGUGAUCAAAAACGUGCCUAUAGAAAUCUUCAAGGGAAAAAAAAAAUCUUGGGAUACUGUCAAGAAUAUAUUUGCCUUUACUUAUGGCAGCAAAUGUUCACAUAUGUUUUAUUUCUUUCAUAGGAUUCAGCUCCUUCUUAGCCUCAGCUUGAUAGGGAAACAAAACAAAACAAACACAACAGUCUUGACACUGGAAAAAGUUUAUUAUUAUAGAAGUGACUUCCUGACAUCAGGGGAUGGCAUAUUUCUAUCUGAAGAGAAUAGCUUGAUGAUUCUUUCAUAGGAUCAUAGAAUCAUGGGAUUGUUUCAGCUGGAAGGGACCCUAAAGGUCAUUUGGCCCAGUGCACAAGGACACCCACAGCUCCAUCAGUGCUCAGAGCCAGUCCAGCCUGACUUUGGGUGUCUGCAAGGAUGGGGCAUCACCACCUCUUUGGGCAACCUGUGCCAGUGCCUCACCACCCUUAGUGUAGAAGACUUUGGGAUUUGUUUUGCAGCAUACUCACUCCUAAUUCAUUUAAGAAAAUAAAAUCGUAAAUGGAAUAAAGUUGUACUGCCACUUAAAUUUAGAAAGCAAGCAUUGGACAAGACCAGAAUGCUGGAAUGCUGAGAGCACAGGUGUGUUGGAGGAAAGGCUGUGCUUGCUGCUGAGCAUAAUUCAGUUCACCUGACAUUCGUUGUCUCCAUCUUCACUCUGUGUAUGCAUUUGAAACAGCUUUAUCAAACCUGUGGGUGUCCCUGCUCAGUGCAGGGCUUGGACCUGAUGGCCUUGAGGGUCCCUUCCAAUUC